GUGCUGUGGUGCUGGUGCGUAUAAAAGCAAGACAUACUAGCCUUUGCCCACAUAGAUCCCACAUCGACCUGUACGCCACUGCUACUAUGUGGAGCCACCGUCUAACACCACAACACGCCCCCAGUUCCCCCGCUGUUCCUGAGAGCGCCACCCAGUAAGUGACGCUCGUCUUUGAGCGCCUAAGCCGUUGCUGAAUAGCUUGCGUGUCUGCAGAUCACGAUCAGCAAACUCGUGUCCUAGCAUCGCCCCGACCUGCCCCACCCCCAAGCGCGCAUUGAAGAAAUGCGGGCGCCUUUUCAUUAAGGCCUGGAAGGUCUUGACGAGCAGCAGGUUUCCCCGCACCUCUGGCCGUUUCUCCUUCGUUCCGCCAGGUUUCGAGAUUGUUUCGCCCGCGCCCACAAUGAGCCACGCCCUACCACCCACAGCUUCCCCACCGCCCUCGACAGCUCCCUCGCCGCCUCCUUAUGACUUCGAAGCCGCACCUGUACAGGCCCCAGUUCAGCGUCCCGGCUACCAACGCCUCACCUCUCAUUCAUCGACGUCCAUCGCCACGACCUCUACGUCCGUUAUGCCCCGUCUUCGCAUCCCCCGCCGCACCGCCAGCGGCAAGACGCGCCAUCCCCACGUUGUCGGCGGCGCCGAGCGGUCGCCGCCGUCGCGAGCUGCACGCGCGCACCCCAUAAACCGACCCCGCCCCCUCGCUUCGCAGACUAGGCUGGCGGGAGCGCACUCUAGACGUGAAGCUUACGUCUACGUGCCCGGCCCACACGUCACGCGUCUGCCGUCGAGGCGGCGGCCGCGCAGCGUUAGCGGUCGCGUCGUCGUGUCCCGCCCAGGUGAGCUGCAGCCCCUCGACCGACGCGCGUCCACGAACUCGUCCAUCCACCAACGCCGCCGCACGCGCUCGGACGCGAAGCGCAUUGCCGCCGACUGGCGCGCGGGCUCGUAUGUUCUCGUCGAAAUCGUAAACUGAUGAUAUGCCACGAAUCCGCCUUUUAUGACUCCCGCGCCUGCUGCGCAGGUGCGAAGGACCCUCCUUUGUAUUACCUACUUCGCCGUCAGACCUGACUCCGCUCGCUCAUAUGUAGACGUACUGCACAUGCUAUGUUCAUCAAUAAUGUACCACAUACCACGUAUACUUGGCUAUUUUAUGGGGUUGUUACUUGGGCA